GUCUUAGAUGGCUGAAACUCAUCCAAAUAGCCUGCAUGAUAAUGAAAUUAUGGAAAAUCUUAUUUGAUCUUUCAUGCGCAUGCUUGGCGCGACGUUUGAAAUAAGGGCACUUCCGGUUGUUUUAGUUCAUUGAGUUUUGUGACAAAAAUGGCUGAUUACAGGUGCCCAGAUUAGUUUGAUACUGCCCUCAAGAUGAAUUUUUCGGAGAUAUUCAAACAGUCCAACCAGCUGUGCAAGUUUUCACCCGAUGGGAAUUACUUGGCCAAUGCUGUCCAGUACAGGCUGAUUGUGAGAGAUGUGAAAACGUUACAGAUUUUAAAUCUUUACACCUGCUUGGAUGCAGUUCAAUAUGUUGAGUGGUCCUCAGACUCCCAGUUUAUACUAUGUGGCAUGUACAAGAGAGGACUGGUACAGAUCUGGUCACUCGAGCAGCCAGAGUGGACAUGUAAGAUAGAUGAGGGGUCAGCUGGUCUGGUGGCCGCCAGGUGGAGCCCUGACAGCAGACACGUACUGACCACUGCAGACUUCCAUCUGCGAAUUACGGUAUGGUCACUUGUAAAUAAGUCAGUGUCAUAUAUCAAAUAUCCCAAGGGAUGCCAAAAAGGUCUUGAUUUCAAUGAUGUAAACCAGUAUCUUGCCCUGGCAGAGAGGAGGGAAUGCAAGGACUAUGUCAGCAUUUUUACCUGUAAUACCUGGCAGCUUGUUAAACAUUUUGAGACCAGUACAGAUGACCUGGCUGGGGUGUCGUGGUCUCCUGAUGGACGGGUCCUCUGUGUGUAUGAAAACUGCCUGCAGUACAAAGUCCUGCUGUAUUCAGUGGAUGGCAGAUGUCUGUCUGAGUACUCUGCCUAUGAGCAUGCUCUGGGAGUGAAGAACAUUGCCUGGGCUCCAAGUAGUCAAUUCUUAGCCAUUGGUAGCUAUGACCAGAAGGUGCGCAUUUUGAAUCACAUCACAUGGAGGGCAGUGGCGGAGUUUGACCAUCCAUCAGAGCUGGACAAUCCUAAUGUGAUAGUAUACAAAGAAUGGGAGAGAAGACCCCAGCUCUUAGAUGGUGAAUCAGAACUCCCCCGAGGAACUCUGUUUUCUACUCAAAGCAAAUAUGAGUUGGUGGAAGGAGCAGUGCUGAUCCCAACUAUUAAGACAGAUCUGAACAAGGCUAACCCUAAAAUUGGAGUGGGAAAGCUGGGCUUCAGUGCCAACAGCAAGUACCUGUAUACAAUCAAUGACAAUAUGCCUCACACUCUGUGGAUUUGGGACAUCCAAACACUUAGCCUGGCAUUCCUGUUGAUCCAUGCCUCACCAAUUAAGUGUGUAGAAUGGGAUCCAGUGCACACAAGACUAGGCCUAGCCACUGGUAACAACAGUAUUUAUAUGUGGUCUCCUGCAGGCUGUCUGUCUGUACCAGUACCAACUGAAGCAACAUUCCAAGUCAAUGUACUGAGGUGGCACCUGGAGGGCAGAGCCAUGGUGUUAAUAGGGAAAGAUGAAAUGAGCAUGUGCUAUUUGACAGACCCAGAACAGCAAAUCUGACUGGAAAAUAGGUCAUAGUAGCCUACAUUUAGAAUAAGGUGACACUGACCUUUACCUGGAGUUAGGUCACGUUGAUUCUGUCACAGGCAUGCACAGACUGAAAUCACCGAUUUAUUGGAUGUGGAUUGAAUCCAGCAGGGCUCUGCCAGUAGGAAGAAAACCAAGAAUUUCUACUAAUGCUUGGACAACCUUCACCCAUACCCUCUUCUUCAAGAUUAUUAAAAAUAUAUAUUUUAAGUGUGAAGUGAGCUAGUGGACUCGAUUGUACCAGUCCUGUACCUGUGCUGUUUGAUGUUGAAGUAAAGAUAACACCCAGAGCAAAAGAAAGUGGGUGUGUCUCUCUCAUCGUAAAACGCAUGAAGACGGUGGUUCUAAAAAUUAAUAAUUUAUUUUUCUCUCCUGUAGAAAAUAAAGAAUAUAAAAGAACCCCAUUCCAUCUGUUAUGUUAACAGUGCUGCAUUAUUCUGAUGCAAAUAAAACUUGUUUUGAAUAACAUCUGUGACUUACAUCAUGUUUCGAACUAAAAGGAGGAAACACUACACAGUAUAACCUAGUUGAUAAAUUUCAAAUUUGUUCCAACCAUACUGACUAAAUUAUAAAGUAAAUUAUUCAGUUCACAAAAACAUAUCCCACCUCCCCAACAGAACAUUACCUUGAAAAGAAAUCGACUUAGAGAGGUUCCCAAGUCAAAUAUUUCGUAUUUGACUACUUCCUUUCCAACUAAAGCUGAGAAUUUAAAACUUCUACAAUUAUACAAACCAUUAACAAAAUGCUUGUAAUAAAAGGAAUGAGACUGGUUUAAACCUUUCAUUAAGGCUUGGGUUAAAGCUGAGCUGAUAAUUUAUUUUAUAAACUAAAAAUAAAAAAAAAUUGAUGUGAAAUGAAAGAGGUAAGAAACGGCAAUCUUUACGAAACACUAUUAGGCAUCAUAUACACUUUUAUAAAGGCAGGCGCCAAGCAAUUUCUAAACUUGAGAAGCAUCUCGACUGCCUAGAUGCUAUUUCUAUUGUAAAAAAAAA